UCGGUCAGUCAGUCAGUCACGGAGCGCGCGGCGCGGGAGCUGCGGGCGCUCGCGGCGUCUCCCGGGAAGGAGCGCCGCGCCUGGGGAAGAGGAGGAGGAGGCGGCGGCGGCGGCUGGACGAGCGCGAGCGGCUGCCGCCCAGCCCGCGGCCGCUCCGGUAGGCGGACCCGCCGGAGGACCGAGCCGCUGCCGCGAUGGAGCAGCUGUCAGAUGAAGAAGUUGACCAUGGUGCUGAAGAAGACAGUGACAAGGAAGAUCAGGACCUGGACAAAAUGUUUGGAGCCUGGCUGGGGGAGCUAGACAAACUCACCCAGAGUUUGGAUUCUGACAAGCCCACAGAACCAAUAAAAAGAUCUCCUCUUCGCCAGGAAACAAACAUGGCCAAUUUUUCUUAUCGCUUCUCUAUAUACAACUUGAAUGAAGCUCUGAAUCAGGGAGAAACUGUGGACCUGGAUGCCCUAAUGGCUGAUCUUUGCUCGAUAGAGCAGGAGCUCAGCAGUAUAGGUGCAGGAAAUAGUAAGCGUCAAAUCACAGAAACAAAAGCCACUCAGAAAUUACCUGCUAGCCGACAUUCGUCAAAACAUGGCACUUUGAAAGGACUGUCUUCCUCAUCUAAUAGGAUAACUAAGCCGUCACAUGCCAACUACUCCCUGGAUGACAUCACUGCACAGUUAGAACAGGCCUCCCUGAGCAUGGAUGAGGCCGCUCAGCAGUCUGUACUAGAAGACAGUAAGCCCUUAGUAACUAAUCAGCACCGGAGAACAGCAUCAGCGGGCACAGUGAGUGAUGCUGAAGUACACUCGGUCAGUAACUCCUCUCGUUCAAGCAUCACUUCCGCAGCCUCCAGCAUGGACUCUUUGGAUAUUGAUAAAGUAACACGCCCUCAGGAACUGGAUUUGACACAUCCGGGGCAGCCAAUUACUGAGGAAGAACAGGCAGCGAAAUUGAAAGCUGAGAAGAUCAGAGUUGCGCUAGAGAAGAUUAAAGAGGCACAAGUGAAAAAGCUGGUGAUUAGAGUUCACAUGUCUGACGACAGUUCUAAAACAAUGAUGGUGGACGAGAGGCAGACAGUGAGACAAGUGCUGGAUAACCUGAUGGACAAAUCCCACUGCGGUUUUAGUUUAGACUGGUCGCUGGUGGAGACUGUCUCUGAGUUACAAAUGGAGAGAAUCUUUGAAGACCAUGAAAACUUGGUGGAAAAUCUUCUUAACUGGACAAGAGAUAGUCAAAACAAGCUUAUAUUUAUGGAGCGAAUAGAAAAAUAUGCACUUUUCAAAAACCCACAGAAUUAUCUUCUGGGGAAAAAGGAAACAGCUGAGAUGGCAGAUAGAAACAAAGAAGUGCUGUUGGAGGAGUGUUUUUGUGGAAGUUCUGUAACUGUACCAGAAAUUGAGGGAGUCCUUUGGUUGAAAGAUGAUGGCAAGAAGUCCUGGAAAAAGCGUUAUUUUCUCUUGCGAGCAUCUGGUAUCUACUAUGUCCCUAAAGGAAAAACAAAGGUAUCUCGGGAUCUCGUGUGUUUUCUCCAGCUGGAUCACGUCAAUGUUUAUUAUGGACAGGACUAUCGGAACAAAUACAAAGCACCUACUGACUAUUGUCUGGUGCUCAAGCACCCACAGAUCCAGAAGAAGUCUCAGUAUAUCAAAUACCUUUGUUGUGAUGAUGUGAGGACCCUGCACCAGUGGGUCAAUGGUAUCCGCAUUGCAAAGUACGGGAAGCAACUCUACAUGAACUAUCAAGAAGCCUUGAAGAGGACAGAGUCGGCUUAUGACUGGACUUCCUUAUCCAGCUCCAGCAUUAAAUCAGGAUCCAGUUCUUCUAGCAUCCCAGAGUCUCAGUCCAAUCACUCCAAUCAGUCUGAUAGUGGAGUGUCUGACACGCAGCCGGCGGGACACAUCCGUUCCCAGAGCAUCGUGAGCUCCAUCUUCUCCGAGGCCUGGAAACGAGGCACACAGCUGGAAGAGUCCAGCAAGGCGAGAAUGGAGUCUAUGAAUCGACCCUACACUUCACUCAUGCCCCCUCUAUCCCCACAGCCUAAACUAGUGACCCCCUACACUGCCUCACAGCCCUCGCCGCCCCUACCGCCCCCCCCACCGCCCCCUCCUCCUCCACCCCCACCGCCUCCACCCCCGCCCCCGCCCCUGCCCAGCCAGUCUGCGCCUUCCGCGGGCUCCACGGCCACGAUGUUCGUCAAGUACAGCACAAUAACCAGGCUGCAGAACGCCUCUCAGCUUUCAGGGCCCCUGUUUAAGCCUCCCCCGCCCUCAGUGAUGCAGCCUCUGUCCUCCACCUCACAGUCAGUGAAGCCUCAGAUCCUGGUACCCCCCAGCGGAGUUGUCCCCCCACCGCCUCCCCCUCCCCCACCCCCUACCCCUGGCUCGGCUAUGGCCCAGCUGAAACCCGCCCCCUGCGCCCCUUCCCUUCCGCAGUUCAGCCCCCCACCGCCUCCACUGAAGAUCCAUCAUGUUCAGCACGUCACUCAAACAGCUCCUUCAGCACCCCCUCCACCUCCUCCCAUCCCCGCACCCCUCCCUCCUCAAGCUCCCCCCAAACCCCUUGUGACCUUGCCCCCACCAGUCAGCACCAAGACUGUGCCACCCGCCGUGACACAGGCUGUGCCACCUACACCUCCUCCUCCAGUCCCCCCAGCAAAAAAGCAGCCAGCUUUUCCUGUUUCUCACGUUCCACCCUCUCCCCCUGCUCUUCCUGGUCCAGUUCCCCCGCCCACGUUACCCAAGCAACAGAGCUUCUGUGUAAAACCACCUUCCUCUCCGCUGUCUCCGGUGCCCUCCAUGGUGAAGCAGCUAGCCAGCCAGUUUCCGCCCCCUCCAACCCCUCCUCCCUUGGAGGCGCAGCCCUUAAAGCCCGCCUCAGCCACUGUCACCCCACAGUCCCCCCCUGCUGUGAAAGCGAAACCCAAGUGGCAGCCCAGCUCCAUCCCUGUCCCUUCCCCGGACUUCCCUCCUCCUCCUCCCGAGAGCAGCCUGGUGUUUCCUCCUCCUCCUCCUCCUCCACUACCACCCACCCCAGUCCCACCACCACCGCCAGCCACACCCACAGCUGCUCCCGCCCCAGACAAAGGUGGAUCUCCGGGCAAAAAGACCAGUAAGACGUCCAGCCCUGGGGGGAAGAAACCUCCUCCAACCCCACAGCGGAACUCCAGCAUUAAGUCCAGCAGUUGUGCAGAGCACCCUGAGCCCAAGAGACCUUCCGUAGACAGUCUAGUCAGCAAGUUUGCAUCGCCAGCAGAACCCUCGGGGUCUCCCAGCAAGGAGACCCCACCACCUCCUGCAGCGCCCCCUAAACCUGGAAAACUAAAUCUUUCCGGAGUUAACCUUCCCGGAGUUCUCCAACACGGGUGUGUGUCAGCAAAAGCGCCUGUUCCACUGAGUGGGCGUGGAAAGGACUCCGUGGUAGAAUUUCCUUCUCCUCCAUCCGAUUCUGACUUUCCACCCCCUCCACCUGAGAUAGAGCUUCCUCUGCCCCCCGUAGAGAUUCCAGCAGUAUUCUCGGGAAGCACCUCUCCCAAAGUGGCAGUUGUUAAUCCUCAACCACAGUCCUGGUCCAAAGCGUCCGUGAAGAAGGCCCCUCCGCCCACGCGACCCAAACGAAAUGAUAGCACCCGCCUCACUCAAGCCGAGAUCUCUGAGCAGCCAGCAAUGGCCACAGUUGUGCCGCAAGUGCCCACCUCUCCCAAAUCCAGCCUUAGCGUCCAGCCUGGAUUCCUGGCCGACCUCAACAGGACACUGCAGCGGAAGUCCAUCACCCGGCAUGGCUCGCUCUCCUCCCGCGUGUCCAGAGCAGAACCCACAGCCACGAUGGAUGAUAUGGCAUUGCCCCCGCCACCCCCCGAACUGCUUUCUGACCAGCAGAAGGCCGGGUAUGGAGGCAGUCACAUAUCAGGCUAUGCAACAUUGCGGAGAGGACCGCCUCCUGCUCCCCCUAAAAGAGACCAGAACACCAAGCUCUCCAGAGAUUGGUAGCUGCCAGAGGACUUUUAUUUUCGUGGGAUCUGUAAUCAGUUCUACAAUCAGCUCACCUGAUCAUCUAUGAAUUCAGGUGUUCAGAGCCUCCUGGUAUGAUGUUGUUAUUCAGGUAGCGUUAGCUGUGUGUGUGUGUGCAUACAUUGUGUACACACAUAGCUGUGCAUAUAUAGAUUGUGUGUGUAUAUAUGUAUACAUACAAGUAUAUGUAUAUAUAUAGCUGAAAGUGAUUCUAUUUAUUCCUUUUCUCUCCUAAUCUGAAAAUGGGUUUUGUGUAUUUUGGGUGGCAGAGGCAUGGAAGGGAACGUGUGUCCUGUCCCUUAUGAUUUCUAUUAUCUAUCAUGUGGCUUGGACCAAAAACUUACUUAGAAGGUAUUUUAUAAAAGUCCAUGUGCGGCCUAUCUGUGCAUGCUGUGUAUUAUAUAUUAAGAAUAGAUGUAUAAUGUGCUAUUUCUCAGUUUGAGAAGACAGCCAGAAUGUUUGGUGUAGAGGGGCUUUUGUGUUUGUUUUUUCCCCAGUUGACUAAAGUUAGAACUGCUUGACUGACACUUCAUUACUAUACACAAAGGGGCACUUUAUUCAGGAAAACCUCUCAGCUUCAUAGAAGGGGUAAUAGUGCAGUAUGGGGGAAUUUUCACACACACUAUCUGUACAUGAUUGUGCAUAGAAAGUAAAUACACGGUGUAACUAAACCAUUCUAGUUGCAGUACUGGUGCAACGAUGCCACCCGAGUCUAGGACGUGGUCUGUCGCAGGUAAGCUCUUCGCCUGUAAUACAUGGAUAAUUUAGUACUAUAAUCCUGGAUAGUUUUUUGUACUGUUGGAAUCCUUUUCUUGAGCUUGUGAAGCUUCAAGUUUGGCUUCAUGUUUCUUGCUUUGAUUUAUUGUAAGAGAAUAUCUGACACAAUACCCUUGGAAUGCUCUGUCCCAGUUAUGUCUCUGGGUCACCAGUUACCUUCCUAUAGUGUGUGCCGUAGGUAGAUGUUGUGUUAGGUGUCUGUGGACAAUUGCUGUAUCAAAUAUACACAUCCUCUGCCCAAUAUGUUGCAUCAUUAUGAAAAACUAAAUCACCUUCUCAAAUGCAUUUUUGUGUAUUGCUCUCUAGAAGGAUGGGUGAUUAGAAAAUAGAACAAAACUGGCCCCGUGCAGCUGUCAUUAAUCAGACUGUGGAUUGUAAUGUGAAAUACAAAGAAUUCAUUUAAAUGUGGGACUGUCAUAGAGGGAGGGGGGAAAAAUAAAUGAGCUUUUUGACAAUUUCUUCCCUAGCUACUGCAGCACACUAGGGUCCUUGCUGCUUGUAGCCUGGUUGUAGAGUUUGUCCAGGUUACCAGGUGUUCUGAUGGCAUAGUGUAGUCCAGGUACAGUAAGUGACAUUACAUAUUAUGCAUAUGCAGUUUGGUGUAACAUGGAAUCAUUGCUCUAAUGACACACUCUUAAUUCUGUAUGCCUCACACUAUACUUUUAUAUGCUUUUUUUUUCCCCUGUGAAUUUUCCUUGGUAUAUGAGAGAAAUGUGUGUUGUUUCAUCAAUGUGUGAUGAUAAAUUGACUGUUAGGAUCAAAUGCAAUCUCAGAGCUGCUCUUAAAGCAGAGAAUAAAAACUAGCCUCCCUAGCAAUGAUAAACGAGCACGCCUUGUAAUGAAAAGUCUGUGCCUGUUGUGAAUAGGGAUUACCAGUGUGAACUGCAAAAACCUUUGACACAAUCCCCUAAGGAAAAAAUGAUGCCAGUACAGUGGGGCAGAGAAAGCAAAUAAUUCAAGAAUAAACAAAUCUGUACUGUGUACACAAGAUUUCCUUGUAACUCACUCUCCAAGAAAGUACUGCAUCAUAAAGGGAGACCAAGUGGCACCCCCUCGCCCGCCCAUUGUCACAUCUCCAGGAGUCUGUUCAGUAUUCUCAUGUGGUUUUAGAGCAAUAAGAACAUAGACCAUUGUGCAUUUUGUUAAAGCCCUGCUUCUUUAAAAGAUACAUUUUGGAUCUUUUCAAUUGAUCACAAAGUUGUGUGUGCUUGAUCUCACGCUUAGGAAGUGACCUUUAACACAUCUGCAUUGUUAAUUUAAGCACGCACAGCAAUUUGGGUCACAGUUGAGUACAGAUUGCCAAGCUCCGCCGUGACUCAUGAGUGAAGUGAUUUCCCGUAGUCUUCUGCCUGCAGCUUUGUAUUCUGAGGAUCACCCUUACUUGUCGGUAAAGGGUUAUUAAGAACACGAAUCCAGUGGUAAGAGUAUUCAUCACUAGGGCUUUUCGUCGUGGUGGUGGUGUUUUUUAAUAUAAAGAUGGACAACUUCAACUUUCCCUAAGUGGAAAAAAACAGUAAUUUGCCCCCAAUCUUCCUUCACUCCUGAUUUGAGCCCUAAGAUACAGCCUUUUUUUUUCCAGUGUGGGAUUUCCUGGGACUUCUUGCUUGUGCCAGUCCCGAUGAUAGCCAUUCCUGAACUGCUGCUUCUAGUGUAUCAUUUUCCUGAGACAGCAGACAUCCUUUACAACAACUAGGAACACCAAGAAAAGAGCAAGGCCAGAGGAGGAACUGUUACCAUUUUUUCAGCCCAAUCCAGGCUUGUCUACAGCAAGCUGUUUCCCUUCACAUUUCUCCAAAGACCAAAAUGCUAUUACUCAGCUUUUUCCUCCUUUGUGUGAAACAACUGAAUCAAAAAAACCAAAACAGUACUUUAGAUAUCCUUCUAGUGUUUCACUCCCUAGUGGUUUUUUUUUUUUUUUCAAAUUAUACUUUUGUUGGGAUGUGGUUUUAUUUUUAUGGGGGAUUUGUUUUUUCCUCUGGUGUGUUCCUGAGGAACACCCGCCGCCAGCUGACACUAUGGUACUGUGCCUUCUUUUACUGCCUUCUGCUCAGCAGCUUAACUCAGCACAGCUGCUUCAGGUCAAAGAAGAAAAUCUUGACAGUUGGCUUGGCUGCACCAAAAAAUGAGCAGAAUGGGUGUACUCAUUCUGCUACUGAGAGCAGUGCAAACAGGUGCCUGUUAAAGAGCUAGUGACCUGCUUAGUGGCACCCUUAACUUUUACACAUACAUUCAAAAUUGGAUUAUCUUCUGCUUAAAGUUUUGGCACCAACUCUGAAGGGCAGUAGAGCCUGUUCUGUUAAAACAACUUCCAUCAGGUUCACAAUGUAAAUUAACUCCUAUAAUUCUCUUGGAAAGUAACUUCUAUAAGGUUUACAGGUACCCACCUAAUUGUAAAUUGGAUUUUUAAAAAAAUUUCUGGGGCUUUUUAAGAUGACAAAGAUUGCUGACUCUUUUGAACAGUUACAGGAAAUGAUUUGCAUCAGAAACAUCUCAGAGUAAUGCAGACUUGCCGAUGUUUUACGGCCUCUAGGAUCGAGGUGCUCCUGCCCAGUGACGGCAUAUCCUGUUAAGGGCUGUGAUCUGUCUUGGAAGUCCUCUCUCCACGUAAGUUUACUUGCUACUGAAACAGUCCUGUGUAUCAAGAAAGUUCAUCUAAAUAGAAUUGGGAGAUCAUGGGUAAUAAUUCCAGUAGAGGGACAACUCUGAGAUUAAGAUUAAGAGAAGCUGCUCUUCUGAGAGAACAUAACUGCUAAUAAGCUGGAGGAGAGAAAGCUCUGAUUAGCCUGGACAAAAUUUUAGGUAAUGGUGGUAUUGGUUUGAUUUGACUGUCAGGUCACCAGCAGAACCCUUUCUCACCUUUUUUCCUCAGCUAAAAGCAAUUCUAAGUUAUAUAUGGUGAUUUUAAACAAGUUAAAAAAAACUUUUCCUAGUUUUAUACAUUAUUACCAAACUUUUUCAUAUACCUUCAGAGCUAUAAUUUUACAGCUGAUGUAGUAUCACAGAUUUUAAAUUUAGACCAGUUACACUUGUGGGACCCUGUGUGGUUAUAGCUGUAAUGACUUUCUUUAAAUAAAAUAGAUUUAAUAAUUUGGAUUUAUACACUUGAUAAGAGGACAUCUGGUUUAAAAAAAUCACCUUAGGUUGCAAGUACCUUUUGGCACUUGAGUUUUGUUUUAUACACUUUACAUGAUUUGCAUAAAACAAGUAAUCCCUAACCCUAUAGGAAUACACGACCACUCAUGAAGUUGAGAUCUGAUCCACGGAGAGGUCCAAGUGGUACAGCAUUAAAUAUCCCACUACCUUUUAAGAUUUACUUUCCUUUAAAACUUGAAUAGAACAUUGCUACUACCCCUUUACCAGUCUCCCUCAAACUAAACAAGUGCUCGGUUGUUAACUGUGACCUUGGAAGGUCUACUGUAAAAGAAAUCUGAAAUUUAGCUGUAGAAUAAACUUGCUAAAUAAAAAUAAGAAAAACAUAAGUAUGUUGAUACUUGAUAAACACUUAAAGGAAAUAAUCUCCAACUGGUUUGCUCUUUGCUCGCUGAAGUAAUAAACCACAUAGAAGAGAAAACACUAUAUGCUAUAUAAUCCCCAGUGCCUUGAACUCUUUUGGAGGAAUAGCAUUUAAAAAAAAAAUCCAACAAGCAAACCUAUAGGUGCUAAUGAAAGAGAAGGAAGGUGUUUCUAGUUUGUGCACAGAAGUAACUGUCUCACAAGAGACGGCUUCAUCUACCUAAACGGGAUCUGGCUGCUUUCUACCAAAGACACUUAGAGAAGCGAGUCGAGUCAGGGUGAUGGCAAAUACUACAUAUUUAAAAGAUGGCCAAGUUCAGAAGUGGAUAUGUUAAUCACGGAUGGCUAUUAAUACCAAGCUCAUAAAUGUUGAAGCCUCAACCUCUUCUUAGGCAGAACAUGCUUGUGGCACUUAAAAAAGUCUGCAUUUUGGGAAUUGUCCAUUGUUUGUUGAAUUUAUUGUAACCUAAUACCAAAAACUGCCAUUUUUCAUGAUUAUCACCUCCUGUAUUUUUCUCUCUACUUGUAAAUAAUUCCUCCUAGAAAAUAAGCAUUAACUGGAAUGUUUCAAAGAUUUUGCUUAAUUUUAUUAUCAGCCACUAGUGAACUCCUUUUAUAGAACUGUACAUUUAAAAUAUCAUUAGCUUGUGUUAAAUGUUGUAAAAACAUUGUUUACUGUUUUAAAGAAAAAGUGCACAUUAUAUUUAACUGAGAUUGCUAACUAACUCUCCUUCCAUUUCCUUAAAAAUGGAGUCAAGGCUCACACUGACAUCUAGGCUGUGGGAGCUUUGCCAUUAGUAGAUACGAUGUAGGAAAGUACCUUUAUAAAGCAUGAAAAAGAAGGCAAAAGGAACUGCAUUAUAAAGUGCCCGUCAGAGGACAUUCUUCAGAUGAUUAUGCACAGCUCGGUAAAGAUGAAGUUACCAUUUUUCUUUCAGCUUUGUUGAUAUUAUUUCCUUCUGCUUAAAUGUACACUCAUUUCAUUAUGUGCCUUGCUCCUUGAUUGUGCAGACCUAUAUAUAGAUAUAUAUAUAUAUGAGAGAUCUAUUCAGUACUACUGAUGUUUUUGUUCUACUGCUGGAUUAAGUUAUUUUCCAAGUUACUCUUGCCAGUUACUGUCAGUAAAGUAUUGUAAUGGCUUAGGACAGUAGUACAGUCAGUGUAAUUUUUCAGUUACGUGUUUUCAUUAUGUCAGCUUAUCCAAUCCUUAAUAAAAAGAAUACGUAGAUUUCAUUCAUUCAAA